CGGAGGUAAGAGCUUCACAACCGAUAAAGUUGCAGAAAAUUCUUAUUUGUUUCUUCUAUCAAGUCUGACCGGAGAGGAAAAGAUAGACCGCAUGCAAGAUAAAGAUAAGUUCAUCCGCAGCUGCACCUACGAGGGCGUCGACUGUCAAAGCUUAUUUUUCCCCUACGCAAACACAACGUAUGGGAGUUGCUACGUCUUCAACCUGAAAUUGAACAAGGACAAUGAUACAGACGCCGGAACCAGGAAAACAGUUUUCCCUGGUCCGGAUAAUGGACUGGAACUGGAGUUAUACCUGAACGCAAGUCAGUGGCCAUCGAACGUGCUGUCAUCGCAAGGCGGUGUCCGGGUUGUCAUUCAUCGAUCCGACAGCCUCCCUUCCCCUGGGGAAUCCGGAUUCGAUGCACGGACUGGCACGGCCACCAAUGUUGCCCUUAGACAGAUUCCUCACAUUACUAGGAAGCAUCCACAAGGUCUAUUUCAUGCAUUGGAGCAGAUGGAAGUGUCGAGGCUGCCCUACCCCUACGAAAACGACUGCUACGAUUCGUGGGCCAAGACCGGUUACUUCCCAGGCGAUCCAAAGCUCAUCGCCUAUGACUCCUUGGCAACGAUGGUGAACAUGUGCAAUUGCACAUGCCCCUGGCUCCAAGACUACUUCACGUUCUCGAACGGGACGCUCAACGGGACCAGGGCUUGCAACAUUGAAAACUACGAUUCAACCGACAACCAGUGCAUCAACGACGUGUAUUAUGAGCUAACGAGUGGGAACAUCACGUGUCCCUGCAACGCGGAAUGCCAACAAACGGAAUACCAAACGACGAUAUCUUCGUCGGAAUGGCCAACCGCGUCCUACCUGUCGAGCGCGAUGGAUUCGAUGGAUUUGGGGACUAGGUUGCAAACGAAUGAUGAUACGAUGAAGAUGGAGGUGGUCAAAGUCAUCAUCUACUUCUCCUCGAUCGCCCAGGAAACAAUCACGGAAUCUCCAAGCGUGACGGGCACGAGCCUGUUGAGCAACGUGGGUGGAGCCCUGAGUCUUUACUUGGGAAUCUCCGUGGUCAUGAUGUUGGAAGUCAUCGAGAUACUUCCCCUGCUGGUCCUUGCAUUCAUCGGCAGAUGCUUCGGAAUCGGUCAGAAGUCGAUGGAGAAUCAGCCGCCCAAGAGACGAGUGUCCCGUCGCAGCGCCCGCUCGGGAUAUCCCUCCCACCUCGCAUGGGACAUGAAGCACUUU